AUGAACUUCGGGGGGAGAGAAGCACUACUUGGUGAGAAGAUUUCCGGUAACGCACGUACUAAGCUUCCAAAGGAUACCUUCCCUAUAAAACUAAUUUGGAAUGUUUGGAAUAGCAAGUACACGAGGGUUCUUGCCUUUGAGUUAUUAGUGGGGGCCAUUCCCGUGGCGGCAUUAAUUAUUGGUUAUGUAUUAGUUGUGAUUGCAGGUGUUAUUUGGGUGUUACUUGUUUCAAGUUACGGGAUACAGACAACCUUGGUUAUCGUAUUAGUUUCGGUAUUCUGUUUACCCCUCGGCUAUAUUGCAGUGACUUACAGAAGCGAUAACUACCCUUUAGCAGCAAAAGCACAUCUUUUAAAACUGGUUUCGUUUCACCGCCCUGGCUUUUCUGUGCAUUCAUGGGACAUGAUUGCUGCCACGAUGAACGAUUAUCUCCAUGAGAUUGGUUUUAGUCGACAUCUUGGGAGCAGGUUUUAUUAUUAUGAUGGUGAAUCAUGCCAAGAGCAUUUUAGAAAAAUGUUUUUUCUGCAACAAUCAAGUACUGCUACCUCGAUUCCUGAGUUAAAACCGCUAAUCGACGAAGCGGUAAGCGCUUAUAUAGAAAGUGUUGAAGAAUAUCGGAAGUCAGCUCAAUAG